AUGUGGGAUACACGCCGGACCACACAUGGUAGUAGCAAAGAUAAUGAGCGCAGGCUACUAUUGGCCGGGGAUGCAUGUGGACGCAGUGGAAUUAUUACGCAAAUGCGCGACAUGCCAGUGCCAUGCGCCAAAAAUCCUUCGUCCAAAAAUCCUUUAGUACCAGUCACCUCCGCCUGGCCUUUUCAACAGUGGGGUAUCGACCUUGUCGGUCCUUUCCUUGACGCACCAGGCGCAGUUAAAUUCAUUAUUGUAGCAGUUGACUACUUCACCAAGUGGGUAGAAGCUAAAGCAUUGGCGUCAACUACAGCAAUGGUAAUCCGCAAGUUUAUAUGGGAACAUAUCAUCUGUCGGUUCGGGUUGCCCUUGCGCAUUAUUUCAGAUAACGGCACAAAUUUUGCCUCAGAAGAUCUCCAAAAGUGGUUUAAAGAAAUGAAGAUCGAGCACAAAUUUGCCUCUGUGGCGCACCCACAAGCAAAUGGGCAGGUCGAAAGUAUAAAUAAACAAAUAGUGGAUGGCAUCAAAGCGAGAUUAGGGACGGCGCGCAGAGGAUGGGUAGAUGAGCUCCCUAGCAUCUUAUGGGCUCAUCGCACCAUGCCAAAAACUAGUACGGGGGAAACCCCAUUUAGCCUGGUAUAUGGAUCAGAGGCAGUAAUACCAGCAGAAAUAGGACUCCCCUCGCCGCGCAUGAUUGCCAUGGAGAAGCAGGACAAUGAAAAAAACGAAGGAUGGAUCUAG